CACCGCUUACCGACCCUCCGCUCUUUCAUGCCCCUCCUCGACUCGCUGGACUCUUUGGUGUUUUGUGUCCUGUCCCGGAGCUCCACGCUGUUACUGACCUCCAGGAGAGUGCCGCCUCCUGUCUUACCGCUCCCUUGUCAGCGGCGACCCACAGCCCGAGGCCCAUCCUCGACUAGCCACCUCUUCGCGGCUAUUCACGUCCUGCGACACGAGGCUGGCGACAUGCACGCGAAGCAGCAGUGAACGACUCCCCCGCGUGUUUUUGCCUUUCGAGCCUACGCCACAGCUCCACGGUCGCCUCUACACGACACCACCUCCAGAGGACAUUCGGCCAGCACGGCGGCAAUCCGAGCGAACGCACAUAUCCUUACGCCGGUCGACUUACAAACGAACGCGAGGCCGUAGGACUCUCUUCUUCAUAAUCCCCAAACACACUCGCUGCCCCCAACAUGUCUUCGAGCAACCAGGGCCACAGCGCCCUCAGCCGGCCCAAAUCGCGAGACUCACACGCCACCCUGGGCCAAUUCUCGUUCGCACCGGCAACGAGAACUACUGUUGUAACCACUACAUACACGACGACGACCACCCUGGCCCCCAUGCGUAUCAACGCCAAGAGUCUGUCUGAGCGGGACCCCAAGGAGUACCCAUUAGCACAAGUCAGAGCACCGGAAUCGAUACGGAAGAUCUACUUUGACGCUGGUGGAGAAGUCGGCCUUUUUGAAGAAGCGGACGAUGCUCCCAAGAAAGCACAAGAGCACACCAUCCUCCAAGAGAACCUGCGAGCCGCGAAUGGCAAAAUGCGAAAGGCCGACACCUUCAAGGGACCCGCAACGUUCGCAUCGCCAAGCCGCACGAGGCGCCCUGUCACGAACCUCCAACCUCCAGCACUACGAUCAGUCUCUGGCCGCCGGAAACGAGACCCAACAGACGACUCACCCCCACCACCGUCGAUACGCGAGGCCGCUGAAAUGGCAAGCCUGCAACGUCGCAGCAAGAAACCACGAAUCUCCACACGGGACGAGGAUACUGCACACAUGGGCAUUACACCUGAAGAUAUGGAAGAUCUGGUCCCGGCCACUCCUGAGACAGAAUUGGAAGGAUCGCAAGCUACGAGGGUACCCAUCUCGAACGACACACGGAAGCAAUUGCGAGAAUCAACUGCUGGUCCUUCGCACACAGAAGCCACCUCAUUUGAUAGCCAGGAGCCCUCGCAGUCGCAGUCGUUCUCUACGAGCGUAAUCGACGGACUAGGUGCAGCGGCAACACCCCCGAUUGCUGAGUCUGAUAUGGAGCCGCAUUACCCAAUCGCACGACCGACACCUAUUCAUCUGGAUAUUGCAGCCGCACAGGACGCCAGCCUACCUAGUCCGAGUUUGUCGCCUACCACGUAUGCUGCGAACGCCCAGCAGAGCCUGGCUGGAGCGUCAUCACUAGGUUUGGCGGCCGAUUACGAAUCGAACGAUGUUUCCUCGCUGGACCUAUCGCAGAUUGGACGACCAGAAAGGAUUGAAGACAUGAGCCCCAAUCCUCAGCUACUGACACCUACGGUCACGGGCAUCCCAGAUAUGCUGAAUGCAUUUGACGCACUCCCGGAGGAGAUGAAGGACUAUGUCAUGUACCAGAUGCUGCGUCGAUGCAAGAAGUCUACUCUACAUUUUGUCGCCGAUGUUGUUAACCCAGCUCUGAAGCGCGACUUCAUUGCAUCGUUACCCACGGAACUUGGCCUCGAGAUCAUCAGCUAUCUGGACGUUCAGAGCAUGUGCAGUGCUGCCCGCGUCUCGAAACACUGGCGGAAGCUCAUCGAUACCCACGAGACAGCUUGGAAAGAGCUUCUCGAGAAGGAUGGAUUUGCUUUGCCGUCAGGUGAGCUGGAACGCGCGGUACAAGAAGGAUGGGGUUGGCAAUUUACGGAAAACGCCGAGAGUUACGAACGCGACCUGCGAGGAUCAUCUACCGCGUCUCGAUCAGACAACGACCAUGCCACUGGCUCAGGCUCUAGCACGACCGCUGACCAUGAAGGCGCCAUAACCCGUUCAUCGUCCACGCGCCAAAAGAGGAAAGCCAUCAGCAAACAUGGCGUGUCGAAGAAGCAGCGCAAGAAGGGAUUGAUGUCGACCAAGGCGCAAUUUAUGUCAUACAUGCUCCCUAUCGAGCAGCGCGAUGGACCGAACGCAUAUGCCAAACGGGCACAAGCCGCAAUCCCGGAUCCCCAUCUCGGAAUCCCCGGCCUACGUAACAUGCACCUCUUCAAAUCGCUUUAUCAGCGACAUCACCUCAUCCGCAAGAGCUGGAUGGCUGAGGACACAAAGCCAAGACAUAUUGCAUUCCGUGCGCAUCAGCGUCACGUCGUCACCUGUCUGCAGUUUGACACUGAUAAGAUAUUGACUGGUAGUGACGAUACCAACAUCAAUGUCUACGACACUAAGACCGGAGCUUUACGAAGUCGCCUCGAAGGACACGAGGGUGGUGUUUGGGCCCUCCAGUAUGAGGGAAACACUCUGGUGUCAGGCUCCACAGAUCGCUCAGUACGAGUGUGGGACAUUGAGAAAGGAAGGUGCACACAAGUCUUCCAGGGCCACACUUCAACAGUCCGCUGCCUUGUGAUCUUAAAGCCGACCAAAAUCGGUGAAACCCUAGAUGGAAAACCGAUCAUGAUGCCCAAGGAGGAGAUGAUCAUUACCGGGUCUCGAGACAGCACACUUCGGGUGUGGAAGCUUCCGAAGCCAGGCGACCGGAGCAUCAUGCAGACCGGCUCUUCGGCUGCCAACGACCUCGAAAAUCCUUACUUCGUUCGUGCUCUAACUGGUCACCACCACUCUGUUCGUGCGAUAGCAGCUCACGGCGACACUCUUGUCAGCGGAAGUUACGACUGCACUGUUCGCGUAUGGAAAGUGUCCACCGGCGAGACCGUACAGCGUCUGCAAGGUCAUACGCAGAAGGUGUACAGUGUUGUCUUGGACCACGCUCGCAAUCGCUGCAUCAGUGGCUCGAUGGACAAUCUGGUCAAGGUCUGGUCUCUUGAAACUGGUCAAUGCAUCUUCACCCUGGAAGGACAUACUUCACUUGUCGGACUACUGGAUCUCAGCCACGAGCGCCUUGUCUCCGCCGCAGCGGACAGCACUCUGCGCAUUUGGGAUCCUGAGAACGGGCAGUGCAAGAGCAGAUUAUGUGCGCAUACCGGAGCUAUCACCUGCUUUCAGCAUGAUGGGCAAAAGGUCAUCUCAGGCUCAGAUCGCACUCUUAAAAUGUGGAAUGUCAAGACCGGUGAAUUCGUUCAGGACCUUUUGACAGACCUCAGCGGCGUGUGGCAAGUCAAGUUUAAUGAACGUCGAUGCGUCGCAGCAGUGCAGCGGAACAGCUUGACGUAUAUCGAGGUCUUGGACUUUGGUGCAUCACGCGACGGCGUAGCCCUCAGCGAACGUGGCCGCAGAAUCGUGGUCAAUAACAGAGGCCAUGAAAUCGAAGACGUCCCAGACGCUGACAUGGUCGACGCGGUCGAUCAACCUUAGUGGGAUGAGUGAUCCCUCAACCAGUUUCUGUUCUUCAGCACGUUCUCAACCAAUACCCCCACACAUUUUCUUAUUUAGCGGUAUCGAGUAUGGUACUACAGCAUGGUCUGCGGGCACUUUGCCAGUUCCUUUUUUUUUUACCACACUAUCCAUGUUAUCAGGGGUCAAUGCAUAUGUUUUUAAUGCUGUAUGGGAAGGCGUUUAUGUUGGGUUAGGAGGGUUAUACUUGCAUAGCUAGGGCGUUCUGAUACCUCAUCAAGG